ACUCUUGUGUUAGGCAGCAGGGAGGAGGGAGUGUUUGAAGGAGAACAAGAAAAAAAAAAGCCAAAGAUCAGCAGGACCCAUUCCAAAAUCCUCUCUCGCUUCUGCUUCUAAACCCGUCGCUUUUGGAAUCUACAAAAUUUAAGAACUCAUUUUGCUUUGCUUGCAUUUUUAAAAUAAAACUUUUUUGAUUUACUUGGCACUUCUAAGACUGGAUUCAUCAUGUCCUCGUCUCUAGCGAGCUGCAAUGCCAACGCUACCGUGUGCUUUGGUACAUCAUGCCUGGUGUCAGAGAGUAACUUUAAUAUGAUUCUCAGCACUGUCCUCAGCACCGUGCUCACUGUCAUGCUGGCUAUGGUCAUGUUUGCCAUGGGAUGCACGGUGGAAGUGCACAAACUGUGGGGGCAUAUACGCCGACCAUGGGGUAUCUUCAUUGGCUUUCUUUGCCAGUUUGGUAUCAUGCCCUUCACAGCAUUUGCCUUCUCGCUAGCCUUCCAGGUUCUUCCCAUACAGGCCGUGGUCAUCUUAAUCAUGGGCUGUUGUCCUGGAGGCACCAACUCUAAUAUUAUCACCUAUUGGCUAGAUGGAGACAUGGAUCUCAGUAUCAGCAUGACAACAUGUUCAUCCAUCCUGGCGCUUGGGAUGAUGCCCCUUUGUCUGCUUAUCUACACCUCAGCAUGGAUCUCAUCUGAUACCAUCCAGAUCCCUUACGACAGCAUAGGCAUUACACUAGUGUGUCUGCUCGUGCCGGUCACUUUGGGAAUCUAUGUGAAACAUCGCUGGCCAAAGGUGGCCAAGAGGAUCCUGAAGUUUGGCUCUGUUGUGGGCAUCCUUCUUAUCAUCAUCAUUGCUGUGGUGGGUGGUGUACUGUACCAGUCUUCCUGGGUCAUUUCUCCUUCUCUGUGGAUAAUUGGCGCAAUCUACCCACUAGUUGGCUUUGGCUUGGGCUUUCUGCUGGCUCGAUUUGUGGGGCAGCCCUGGCACAGGUGUCGUACUAUUGCGCUGGAGACAGGAUUUCAGAACUCACAGCUGUGCAGCACAAUUGUUCAGCUGUCCUUUGCUCCUGAUGAGCUGGAGGUCAUGUUCUCCUUCCCCUUGAUCUACAGCAUCUUCCAGCUUGUCGUGGCAAUUCUGGCAAUUGGAAGUUACCAGCUAUACAAGAGAUACUGGAAGGGAGUUGUGUCUGAGGAAGACUGUGAGGAAGACGACGGAGCUCCGGACCUUGCCUCUUGUAAAGACAAGCCGGAGUAUGCUUUGGAGAAUGGAGGAUUUCAGAGUGAUGAGAACGGGAACACUGAAGGAAAGGGAGCAAUCACUCAUCUGUGAGCUGUGUCCAUAUGAACUGCCUUCUGCAGGCAGAAGGGUAUUAACUGCAAGCACCAUUUUGCUCCUGGGUGGUGAAAUGAGUGUGCUGUUUAGGACAUGUUAUUUAUUCUGUUCUUAAGCCUCUGGACAAAGUAUCGGUCGUUUGAUUGCAUGUGGCAGGAAAACCUGAGUGUAUCAAUGGAAUCAGUAAAAAGAGCUCUCUUCCAGCAUUUGCUUUAUGAGUAAUGUGCUGAAUCACACAGCCUCAGUGCUCAGGAUACACUCUUUCAUAGACUGAUCAGUUCCAGCUGAUCGAAAAUAAAUAAAUAAACAAAUAUACACACACACACACACACACACACACACACACACACACACACACACAUAUAUAUAUAUAUAUAUAUAUAUAUAUAUAUAUAUACUGUAUAUGAUCAUAUAAUAUAUAGAAACUAUUAUUUGUUUAAAUAAAUAUAUAUUGUAUCCACAAACAAUAUAAUGUGGGUGAAAUUAUACACUAUUAUUUAACAUGUGGCCUCCUUUUAAUUAUUUGGUGUAUUAUUUGGAAUUUUUGAGAAUUUCUCAACAUUUUGGAAGACUGGAAGCAAAGUUUCAUGAACUUUAACCACAUCACCUUUUCAUCACAUGAAAUAUUUCACAUUUCUUUUGGAUAUUCUGAGUGUAUAUAUAUAUAUAUAUAUAUAUAUAUAUAUAUAUAUAUAUAUAUAUAUAUAUAUAUAUAC